UUCCGGGGCGGGGGCCGCGGAACCCGGAAGUAGUCGUAGACCCGGGUAAGGCUCCUGGGUCUGAAUUGUCUUUCGUCGCUUUUCUGUGUUCACUGGUUCCCCCGCCGUCGCCACCAUGGGGAAGCGACAGCACCAGAAGGACAAGAUGUACAUUACCUGUGCUGAAUACACUCACUUCUAUGGUGGCAAGAAGCCAGAUCUCCCACAAACAAAUUUUCGUCGUUUACCUUUUGACCACUGCAGUCUCUCCCUACAGCCCUUCGUCUACCCAGUCUGCACCCCUGAAGGUGUUGUCUUUGACUUGCUGAACAUCGUUCCGUGGCUUAAGAAGUAUGGGACCAACCCCAGCAAUGGAGAGAAACUGGAUGGGAGGUCCCUGAUCAAGCUGAACUUUGCCAAGAACAGCGAGGGGAACUACCACUGCCCUGUGCUGUUCACCGUGUUCACCAACAACACCCACAUCGUGGCUAUCAGAACGACUGGUAACGUCUACGCCUACGAGGCAGUGGAGCAGCUGAACAUCAAGGCCAAGAACUUCCGAGACCUGCUGAGCGAUGAGCCCUUCUCCCGACAGGACAUCAUCACCCUGCAGGACCCCACCAACUUGGACAAGUUCAAUGUCUCCAACUUCUUUCAUGUUAAGAAUAACAUGAAAAUAAUAGACCCAGAUGAAGAGAAGGCCAAGCAGGACCCGUCUUAUUAUUUGAAAAACACAAAUGCGGAGACGCGGGAGACCCUGCAGGAGCUCUACAAGGAGUUCAAAGGGGACGAGGUUCUGGCAGCCACCAUGAAGGUCCCGGAGAAGAAGAAGGUGGACAAGCUGAAUGCCGCCCACUACUCCACGGGGAAGGUCAGUGCCUCCUUCACCUCCACUGCGAUGGUUCCGGAGACUGCGCACGAAGCAGCCGCCAUCGAUGAGGACGUGCUGCGCUACCAGUUUGUCAGGAAGAAGGGCUAUGUGCGGCUGCACACCAACAGGGGCGACCUCAACCUGGAACUGCACUGCGACCUGACACCAAAAACCUGCGAAAACUUCAUCAGGCUUUGCAAGAAGCAUUACUACGAUGGCACCAUCUUUCACAGAUCCAUCAGGAACUUUGUGAUCCAAGGCGGGGACCCCACAGGCACAGGCACAGGUGGGGAGUCGUUCUGGGGGAAGCCCUUCAAGGACGAGUUCCGGCCCAACCUCUCGCACACGGGCCGGGGCAUCCUCAGCAUGGCCAACUCGGGGCCCAACAGCAACAAGUCUCAGUUCUUCAUCACGUUUCGCUCCUGUGCUUACCUGGACAAGAAGCACACCAUCUUUGGACGGGUUGUUGGGGGCUUUGACACACUGACAGCCAUGGAGAACGUGGAGAGUGACCCCAAAACUGACCGCCCCAAGGAGGAGAUCCGCAUCGACGCCACCACCGUGUUCGUGGACCCCUACGAGGAGGCUGAUGCUCAGAUCGCUGAGGAGCGGAAGAAGACGCAGCUAGAGGUGGCCCCGGAGACCAAAGUGAAGACCAGCCAGCCCCAGGCGGGGAGCCAGGGCCCCCAGACGUUCCGCCAGGGGGUGGGCAAGUACAUCAACCCGGCAGCCACGAAACGAGCGGCAGAAGAGGAACCAUCCACCAGCGCAGCUGUCCCCGUGGCCAAGAAAAAGCCCAGCCAAGGUUUUGGGGACUUCAGCUCCUGGUAGCAGCAGGCUGGCCGCUCUGGGUCCCGGUAGGGAUGUGGGGCUGGGGGCUGCAUGUCUGUCCCUGAGUUUUCUGCCUUCCCAGGCUGCCAUCCAAUAAAGCUCUUGCCUAUUGCCUGGGGUCCCCUUUCCUGCCCCCGGGAGCCCACAGCCUCCCCAUCCCUCACCUGGUGCCCGGCGGCCUGGCCGUUUCCGAGGCCUCAGCGCCGCCCGAGCCCACUUCCCAGACCUCCAGGCACGGAACCUGCGCUAGACCCAGCCCGAGGCCCGGGCCUCUGGUGGGCAGGCCUGUGUCUCCCCACUCUGGUUUUCCUUUUUUUGAAAAAUUUUUUGUAGAGACAGUCUGUGGUGUCCAAGCUGUACUGAAAUUCCUGGGCCCAAGUAAUCGUCCUGCCUCCUGCUGGCUUUCUUCCCGUCUCUGUCAUCUUCUCAGGGACGGCCUGUUUACACACUCAGUGCCAUCACCUGGGACCUUGUUAGAGACAGAAGUUCUCUGACCCCAGGCCUUCUGACCCGGAGCGUCUGGGGGUGGGCUCCUCCAUCAUCUGCUUUGACAAACCCUCAGUGGCUUCUGAAUGCUGAAGUGUGAGGACCCUGGACUAGAGCACUGAUGUUACUUUCGAAAACCUGCCACCCCUUGCCUGGGCUCUGGGGGGACCGAACGUGCUCCUGCGGGCCUGCUCUGCCAGCCUGGCUCCCGUCCCAGGGCUGCCUGUCCUUGCGCUCGAGGACUCUGCUCCUAAUCCUGGCCUUUCCUGGCUUCCGGGCAGCAGCAGCAUGUCCUACCUUAGAGACCCCUCCUUUUCUCCCCAUUUUUCUGCUAAAUGUUUCCAAAAACUUUCCACUCACUGGCCCUCGCUGGCCUUUCGUCCCAUCUUCAGAGCCUGUGCAGGUCUGGCCUCCAUUCUCUGGGUCUUGGGCCCCACCCCUCCCUGGAGGCCAGGGAAACACAGGCCCUGUCCCCCACACACACACACUCUCCUCCUUGGGCCACCACCCCCUUCCCGUUCCUGACACUAAAUGCUGACUUAGGCGUGGUUUUUGGUUUUCUCCUUUCCCUCACCCAAAACCUUGACUCCGUCAGCAACUCUCGUCAGCUCUGACUUCUAGAAUGUACCGUGGCACUUCCUUCUCCCAUUUCUGAUGCUGCAGCAGCAGGCACGGCCCUUUGUCUCCCUGGAGAGGCUCCCACCCUGCCUGUCCCCGUGCUGCCCAGUGACCUGCAGCAGGCACAUCGGCCCCUGGCACCCUGCAUCAUGCAGUCACUGGCUUUCCUGGUGCCGGGAACAAGAUGCCUCUGCAGUGACCUCCCAGGCCCCCGACACCCUCUGUGCCAGGCCGGCCCAGGCAGGCGGGAACUCAGGCUUGCAGAUGGUUCACUUGCCAAACUGCGCCUGCCCGGGAGGGCCACAGCGGCCGGCUGUGGUGAGGACCUGCACCCACCUUGUAUGCCCUAUGGGGACAGCCUGGCCCACCUUUCUCUGUCCCCACGCACAAGCCCCCAUGGCAAUGGCAUCGAGCAAAGAAGCAUGGGGAGGUGCCAGGGGACCCCAAGGCCACCUUCUCCCAGUACCCUGCAGGAAGCCAGGGUUGGUCCAUCCGUAUGAGGGCACAGCUCCACUGUGGGCACGAGUUAAAACGAGACAUCAGACAUCGGAAGCUUUAUUUGUAAACCUCACACAGACAUGGGGCCAGGGCUGGAGGCGCGACUGAGGGUAGCCUGCGCACGAGCUCUGUGGUCCCAGGCCACUGCGUCUGGCCAGCCUCACCCAUGGCCUGAGAGGAGGCCUCAGGGCCAUGUGCUCACUCCAGGGGCAGAGCCUGCAGCGCCCCCAAACCAAGGGCCUUUGACAGAUGAGGGCUUACAUUUCUGUAGGUCGUUUUAG